GGGAGGUUGUGAGUGCAUCUGUCUUUUGACAGUGUGAGGAGUGCAGGGUGGAGUUAGGACUCUAGAAUUAGCAACUAUGAGAGACAUACAGAGCCUAACAAAUGUCAUGUGGCAGGGCAGACAGAUGCAUGUAUGAUCAGACACAUACUAAUGCACAUGCCAACAUUUUCCUCUGCAUGCAUACAGCAAACUUACACAGAGAGAGAGUGGAAAGCACAGAUUGCACAUUAUCCAUACACACCCAUGAGCACACACCUAUAGUGGAAAAGGAAACCCUGGCGAGCCCAGCUUAGACUCGUCUCAGACUUUCCGCACAGCUCCUCUGAUGGACUCCGCUGUUGGCCCCAUCGCUGAUCAGAUCCUUGUGCCUGGUGGUGGUUUUGGAUUUGGGGGAACACAUUGAGGGAAUCUGCGGGGACCAAGUAUGGAUCACAUAAGAGAGGCAGAAAUGCAGCCAGGAAGCAGGACACACAGAGCUCAUUUCAGAGACAGAGCUAGCAAGACUUGGAGACGCCUGAGAAACAGACUGUCUGCACCUCUGGAGCUUGACGUCGAGGCUAAGAAAGCUUGUGAUUGGCUGCGGGCGGCAGGAUUUCCGCAGUAUGCACAGCUGUAUGAAGAUUCACAAUUUCCUGUGGACAUUUCAUGUGUGAAGCGAGAUCACAGCUUCUUAGACCAGGAUUCCCUCAAAUCGCUGUGCAGGCGGCUAAUGACACUUAAUUCAUGUGCUCCUAUGAAGCUGGAUGUUCAUUUUCAGAGAAAACGGAAUGAAGACUCUGAUGAAGAUGACCAGUGUGCAAUUAGUGACCGCUGGGCAUUCCAGAGAGACCAAGGCCGCUGGUCUCGUCUGGACUCUGUGGAACUCCUUUCUCCAACAUUUGCAGGCCCACCUACCAUAAAAAGCACAUCUAGUCGUGACAGCAUCUUGACAGACCUUAGCACUGAACUGGAGGCCACUUCCCUGCAGAGUGUCGAAGGUAGCAGGGGGCUCUUGGACAUAGCUAGUACCCCACCCCAAGGAAUGUCUUCAUUGUCCAGUUCACCAGCUCCCACCAAGCCAUGCAGGAGCCUCAGCGACCAAUCACUUGCAUUUUACAACCGGGGACAGAAAGAAAAGACCAAGAAAAAGAAAACCAAAGGCUUUCUGAAAAGGAUGGAGUCACUCCGCAAGAGAGAGAAGGACAAAAAGAAAGUGGAAUUGCCACUGCUUGUUACUAACAACACAGAAGUAGAUGAUUCAGGAAAGAACAAUAUAAGCUUUCCAAAUGAGUGUGAUGAUGGUGACAUUCCAGUAUUCGAGAAGGACUUCCUUCACCCUGGGUAUAGGACUAAAUGUGCUUCUAGUGGUAGUCUUAGAAAGUCACAUCCUAAUAGCCCAUGUAAUGAGGUAUACAUGGAAGACUUUGAAGUGGGUGGAAAAAACAGCUUACGCCACAGACCCAGAAAAACAUCAGAUCAACUUGUUUGCAUACCAGUUGACCACAAGCCUGGUACUUUCCCCAGGUCUCUUUCCAUUGAAAGUUUAUGUCCUGGAACCCGGGUUCCCCUGGAAAACUGGAAGAUGGGGAGCAAAUCCCUGGGACAGUCGGUGUGUAGUAGCAUGGAUUCCCACUGCCUGGAAGGAAGGCCAAGAAGAGGGUCUUUCAGUUCUUUGGGUAGCCGUUCCAGUAUUUAUGACAAUGUUCCUUCUUCACUGGCAGGCAGUGGGGACCUACUAGAACUAGGAGGCCAUGGGGACCUUUUUGAGCACUUGGAUGAUGUUCUUAAUCAUGUUCGGGGUCUCCAGAGGAUGGUAGAGAUGUGGUCACGAACUGUAUGCCCAGAGCUCGACGAGGGCACAGACUCUGGGGGUGAACACAUUGGCCAUCUUAACUAUGAAGAGAGAUCUAUGUCUGAUGUGGGCACUUCUGCAAGUGACUUUGACAGCACUGGGAAUUCGCUCAAUGACACGGAGGAAACCGAGAUGAGAGAGAGGAGGGAUUCCGGGGUUGGGGCAUCGCUAACAAGGCCGUGCAGGAAGUUGCGCUGGCACAGCUUCCAGAACUCACACCGGCCAAGCCUUAGCUCUGCAUCCCUGGAGAUUAACAGACAGUCAGCGGCGCAGCUCAACCUCCUGCAGAAGCUGUCCCUGCUCCGACUCACAGCCAUUAUGGAGAAACACUCUGUGCCCAGCAAGCAAGGGUGGGCAUGGACAGUUCCUAAAUUUAUGAAGAGAAGUAAAGUUCCUGAUUACAAAGGAAGAGCGGUGUUUGGGGUUCCCCCAAUAAUCAACGUGCAGAGGACUGGGCAGCCAUUGCCGCAGAGCAUCCAGCAGGCCAUGCGCUAUAUUAGGAGCCAGUGUCUGGACCAGGUGGGAAUCUUCAGGAAGUCCGGUGUGAAGUCUCGUAUUCAGGUGCUGCGGCAGAUGAAUGAAUCCUCUCCUGAUCACGUCAGCUACACGGGACAGUCGGCGUAUGACGUGGCAGAUCUGUUGAAGCAGUAUUUCCGGGACUUGCCUGAGCCCAUCUUCACAAGCAAAUUGACAGACACCUUCUUGCAAAUUUACCAGUAUGUACCCAAGGACCAGAGGCUGCGGGCAGUACAAGCUGCUAUUCUGCUGAUGCCUGAUGAAAACAGAGAAGUCCUGCAGACCUUAUUGUAUUUCCUAAGUGACAUUUCGUCCGCCCAAGAGAACCAAAUGACACCUGGGAACUUGGCUGUGUGUCUUGCACCUUCUGUAUUCCAUCUCAAUAUUUCCAAGAAAGAGAGCACUUCCCCUAGGGUCCUGCAGAAGAGAGGAACCUCUGGAAAGCCAGACCACAAGGACCUCAGUGAGAACAUGGCAGCUACUCAGGGAUUGCUACACAUGAUCACGGAGUGCAAAAAGCUAUUUCAGAUUCCACAUGACAUGAUGCUACAGUCCCGGAAUUCAUAUAUAUCUGCUGACGCUCAGCCUCUGUCCCUGGAGGAACUUUGUGGGGCAUCUGAAGGUGAGGCCAGGGACUCCUCCUUCCUAGAUAACAGCAUCCAAGAACUUCUGCAGGACUCGGCAGAACGCUUCAAAAGUUGGGCAUCCAUGCCAGGUCCUGAAAACACUGAGUUGUCAUGUAAAAAGGUUGGUGAUGGAAAUCCUAUGCGCAUGUGGAAGGUGUCAACCGAAGUAGAAGCCCCCCCAAGCUCUUUGUUGCAUCGGGUUUUGCGAGAGCGCCAUCUAUGGGACGAUGAUCUCUUGCAGGGCAAAGUGGUAGAAACUCUGGAACAAAACAUGGAGAUCUUCCACUAUGUGACAGACACCAUGGCGCCUCACCCACGGAGACAGUUCCUAGUGCUAAGAAAAUGGCGCACAGAUCUUCCUAGAGGAGGAUGUCUUCUUGUUUCUACAUCUUUGGAUCAUGCCACUGGCCAACCAGAGGAAGGAGUGCAGGCUGUAAUCUUAAAUUCACAAUAUCUUAUGGAGCCUUGUGGAAUGGGACGUUCCAAGCUGACUUAUAUCUGCAGGACUGAUCUCAGGGGACGAUCUCCCGAUUGGUACAACAAGGUAUUUGGACAUCUGUGCGCAAUGGAAGUUGCCCGUAUCCGGAACUCAUUCCCACCUCUAAAUCCAUGUGGGCCUGAAACAAAGCUAUGAGCGUGGGGAACUUUGUCUGCAGAUUGUGUGCUGCCAGGAAUUUUUCCUCUUUCAUUGAAAAACCUCACUGGAAAACUUCCAAUGACCAGAAUC